AGACAACAUAACCAAAGUCUUGACACACAUUGAGGAAACUCAGAGUGGUAUUUUAAAAUCUUGUCUGAGUGAUUGCACUAGAAUUUCCGCCAUGUCUGAACGGAAAGCUGUCAUCAAAAACGCCGACAUGUCGGAGGAGAUGCAGCAAGACGCUGUGGACUGCGCAACUCAAGCUCUCGAAAAGUUCAGCAUCGAGAAGGAUAUUGCUGCCUUCAUCAAGAAAGAAUUUGACAAGAAGUACAACCCUACGUGGCAUUGCAUUGUGGGAAGGAACUUCGGCAGCUACGUGACCCACGAGACGAGGCACUUCGUGUACUUCUACCUAGGCCAAGUCGCCGUGCUUCUGUUCAAGAGUGGAUAGAACUUGGCAAAUGAACUAUGAGGCAGCCUAAAUGAAAAUUUAAGGUCUUGUACGUAAGCGAUAUCUUUGAAGAGGUAUUUGAUUUUGAAAGCGGAAAAUGGUAUGGACUAUUGUAGUUUGAGAAUUUUUGUUUUAUGUGGUAAAUUUUUGUUUUGGUCAUGCAUAUUGAAUCAAUGGAAUUAAUUAAUAAAUUGUUUUAGUUUUUGUUA